AUGGAAAAAAACGGAUCAGCUUGGACUGAUCUCCUGGAGAUCCGAGGUUUUGACAUAUCUCCGGAGUUAACGUAUCCUCUCUUUUUCUUACUGCUCUUUGUUUACUUCACCCUCCUUUUUUCUAACAUUGGAGUUCUCCUGCUUAUCAUCACUCAGAAGACUUUGCACCAGCCAAUGUAUUUUCUCUUUUGUAACCUGUCUGUCAAUGAUCUCGUAGGUAACACAGUCCUACUGCCUCAGCUGAUGGCUCACAUCCUGUCGACAGAACGGUUCAUCACCUACAAACAGUGUGUGGUUCAGGCCUUUCACAGCCACACGUUCGGAUCAGCUUCACAUAUGAUUCUCAUCAUUAUGGCAAUUGAUAGAUAUGUGGCAAUAUGCCACCCCUUAAGGUACAGCUCGAUCAUGACGGCCAGAACUGUGGUUGGGCUGUCAGCAGCUGCCUGGGGGGUGUCAUUAAUGCUGGUGUCUGUUUUAAUAGGUCUUACUGUGAGGUUGUCCCGCUGUAGCUCCAUCAUACAAAAUGCUUAUUGUGACAAUGCGACACUGUUCAAGCUUUCCUGUGAGGACGUUUCCGUCAACAACAUCUAUGGGCUCUUUUUCACCGUGCUGCUGUUCACUAGUUCAAUUGGAAGCAUAGCUCUCACAUAUUUCAGAAUAGCUCUCAUCUGUUGGAUUAAGAAAAACAAAGACUUGAAUAACAGAGCACUGCAAACCUGUGCGAGCCACCUUGCUCUUUAUCUGAUCAUGCUCUGGUUGGGGUUUUUAACGAUCAUAUUGCAUCGUUUCCCAAAUUACCCAGACUUAAGGAAGAUUGCGUAUGUUUUAUUUCAUGUUGUCCCCGCUAAUUUAAAUCCAAUAAUUUAUGGAAUGCAAACAAGAUCAUUGCGGCAUAAAAUUACUGAGAUACUGCAACGAAAAGUGACUCCAACCUAA